AUGUCCCUGGCCAAAACCCUGCCCGCCCGCGUGGGCGCAACAGUGCGGGUGAGGAUGUUCCCAACCCCGAGCACUCUCGGCGAGAGCAGACAGGUGCUCGCCAUGCUGCAGAAGUUCGGCGAAGUGGCAACAUUCAAGAAUCUCAAUUACGAGAUGAGCAAGAAAUCAGCGAAGAAAAGAAGGCCAGUCAUCGCCAUUUUCGAUACCCCCGAAGCUGCACAGAAAGCCGUCGCGUCGUCGCCGAUCACCAUCCCGCUCGAACGCGCACCUUCGGUGCUGCCCUCUUCAGACGCCCCUCGAGCUGGAGCCUCAACCGCCAGUCCAGCUGCGGAGGAACCAUUGCCGGAAGAAUCAGUGUCAGUACCGGAGACAAUAACGUGUCUUAUUGAAGCGGACGAGGGUUGGCCGCAUUUUGCUGCAAUGCGGCGAAACCCGUAUUAUCUUGCGUACAAAGCGAAGAAGCCCCAAACGGAGAUUUAUAAAGACAUGGCAGAUCCGACCACGGGAACACCACUGAAAGCGCUACGGGACGUGUUACAAAGCAAUGUGGAGUCAAUGGCUACAUCCGCGGCGCGACAAGAUCUGCCAGCCGAAAAGGCAGCACGGUUACAGAAGCGAGUAAGGGAUAUUAGGGUGGAGAACCAGAAUUGGGGCGCCGAGAGUUUAAUGGGACUUCACGAGGGCAGAACCGGGCGUGCUCUCUAUCAAGCUGGAGGUGGCCCGGCGAACAAGUCAAAGACUUACUAG